AGCCAUUGAGUUUUAUUGCCAGUGAACUUUCAACGAACCAAUCGGUAUAUAUUGUUGAUUAUUAUAGUUUUAAAUUGUCUUUCGAUUGCAAUAAUACUUACGUUUUGUGAUAAUGGAUUGGACUACGAAUGAUAAGCUUUCGCAAUAUUAUAAUUACACCUGCUUGAGUGAAAGAAACCUCGAGCUAGCUCGGCUCAAAACGCUGUCCGAAAAGGAAAGCCAUGCUGAACAUUUCACCAGUGUGGAAAAGGAUUUGCUCAACUUAAACGAAACACUAACACGAAAGCUCACCAUCAAUGAGUCGAACAUUCGGAAUGUCAUACAACAAGAUUGGUUCUUGGAAAUUCCUAGCGAGUACAUGCAAAAAAUUAUUUCAGAUUUCGAUGAAAUGAACAUUGCCAAGCGCAAAUCAUUGGAUAUGUUGAUGCUAAAGGUGAACUCAUUGCGCGAACGCUAUCGCACUUUGUUGAUGAAAAUAUUUACUUGCAGGAUUCAGGUCGAUACACACGAUCCGAGAGCAACGGAAGAGAAGGUAAAAACCCGAUUGGCCGCUCUGCAAUUGAGUCGUUGUGAGGCAUCGAUAAGGAAUGCUAGAAACAUUCAAAACUAUUAUCGCCGUAUCGGACACUUUAUGUUCAAGGACAACCUCUACAACGAUCGAUCAUUGGCUGCCUUGAAACAAGCAAUCAAAGAACAAAUGGUGCUUAUACGAAAAACAACACUGAUCGGACGUUCCGUGAUCGAUAAAGUGAUUUCAUUGAAUAAGGAGCUAAAGAAAUCUACCAUAGGAUUCAACAUAGACCGUGCGCACAAUAUGAAAUCAUUGAAGUAUCACAAAUCUAUCCUAACGAAGGAACGUACAGCGAUUACAAGUGCCAGCAUGGGUGAUAUCGACCCGAAACGCUGGCCAUCACGAUACGAUUCCAUAACACCAAGCAUGGAAGCGUUGCAAACAGAGCAAGAAAAAGUGCAUCACACGAUUGAGCAAUUGAAACAUACGUCCUUCUGUAUAUGGGAAGCUAAUAUUCUUAAAGAAAUGGAAUCGAAAACACACAAAAUAAUGCAACUAGAAACAGAUAUUUACGAAGACGAACGAGUCUACAAAGAGCUCGAUGCUGAAAUCGAAAAUACGAAACAUUUCGUUCGUGGCGGCUGUACAUUAGACACGGCAAGUUUGAAAUGUAAGCAGGAAAACGUUAUCAUGGAUCUUGAGCAGGAACGGUCGAAUCAAACCAUCUUGAAAGCAUCACUCGCCCGUCUCAAAUCGUUUCACAUGCGGUUGGACCAAUUCUUUGCAUACAUUCCAAAAAUUUUAGAACAGAACAAAAUCGAAUCUCUGCCUUCGCUGGAGGAAGCACAGGAAGAGUCGGAAAAGAAAAUAACUAUGACGGCCUUGUUAAGAUUGUUUAAGUCGGAAUAAUUUAAAAUUUACAGCGACAACUGAAAUCACAUCUAUCACAAAUACAAAUUUUGCAAUACAUUGAAGUAA